AUGCUCUACGAGCUCUUCUCCUCCAUCGGACAGGUCGCGUCGAUCCGUGUUUGCCGUGAUGCCGUUACCAGACGUUCUCUCGGUUACGCCUACGUGAACUACAACAACACCGCCGAUGGAGAGCGCGCCCUCGAGGACCUGAACUACACUCUGAUCAAGGGUCGUCCGUGCCGCAUCAUGUGGUCCCAGCGUGACCCUGCUCUCCGCAAGACUGGACAGGGCAAUGUCUUCAUCAAGAACCUUGAUACCGCCAUCGACAACAAGGCCCUUCAUGAUACCUUUGCCGCUUUCGGUAACAUCCUUUCCUGCAAGGUCGCUCAGGACGAGUAUGGUAACUCCAAGGGAUACGGGUUCGUUCACUACGAGACUGCCGAAGCUGCCACCAACGCCAUCAAACACGUCAACGGUAUGUUGCUGAACGAGAAGAAGGUGUUUGUUGGACAUCACAUCGCCAAGAAGGACCGCCAGAGCAAAUUUGAGGAGAUGAAGGCCAACUUCACCAACAUUUACGUCAAGAAUGUCGAGCAGGAUGUCACCGAUGAGGAGUUCCGUGCCCUUUUCGAGAAGUAUGGUGACAUCACCUCUGCAACCCUUAGCCGCGAUAACGAGACCGGCAAGAGCCGUGGGUUCGGAUUCGUUAACUUCUCCGACCACGAAGCUGCCUCCGCUGCUGUUGAAGGGCUGAACGAGUAUGAGUUGAAGGGUCAGAAGCUUUACGUCGGCCGUGCCCAGAAGAAACAUGAGCGCGAAGAAGAGCUCCGGAAACAAUACGAAGCCGCCCGUAUCGAGAAAGCUUCCAAAUACCAGGGUGUUAACCUCUACAUCAAGAACUUGUCCGAUGACAUCGACGACGAGAAGCUCCGUGAGCUUUUCAGCAGCUAUGGUAACAUCACGUCUGCCAAGGUCAUGCGUGAGGCCACCGCUGAGGUUCCCACCGAGAGUGACAAGGACAAGGAAGCCGAUAAAGAGAAGGCCAAGGGCGAGGCCGGAGAGAAGACCGAAGAAGGGCCUGAGGGCAAGACUGACGAUAAGUCUGAGGAGAAGACCGAGGAGAAGACCGAAGGAAAGACUGAGGGAGCCAAACCUGAGAAGAAGCAUCUCGGAAAGAGCAAAGGUUUCGGAUUCGUUUGCUUCAGCAACCCAGAUGAGGCUUCCAAGGCCGUCACCGAAAUGAACCAGCGCAUGGUUCACGGCAAACCGCUAUACGUUGCUUUGGCUCAACGCAAGGAUGUCCGCAAGAGUCAGCUCGAGGCCAGCAUUCAGGCCAGAAACACCAUCCGCCAACAGCAGGUUGCCGCCGCUGCUGGAAUGCCCCAACCCUUCAUGCAACCCGCAGUCUUCUACGGCACCCCUGGCCAGCAAGGCUUCCUCCCCGGCGCUCAGCGAGGUGGAAUGCAGUUCGCCGGCCAAGCUGGCAUGGUUAUGCCCGGAAUGCCUGGUGGUCGUCCCGCCCAGUUCGCCCAGUUCCCUGGACAACAGGGCGGUCGUGGUAUGAACCCCAACCAGCCACUCCCUCCCAACUUUGCCAUGGGCGGCCAAAGUCUCCCGAUGGGCGCCAUGCAGGGCGCCGGAAUGCCAAAUGGUCUCAACUACCCACAGAUGGCUCAGGUCCAGUCGUUCGGCCGUGGAGGCGGUCGUGGACAGCCCAUGCAAGGUAUGCCACCAGCCACAGGGAACGCCCCACCAAUUCGCGGACCCGGUGGCCCAGGCUUCUCUCAAGGCCGUAACAUGCCCAUGCAAGGUGGCCGGCCAGGCCCUGGCGGCCGUGGUCAGGGUGCUCCCGGACAGGGCGGUAUGCCACGCGAUGAAACAGCCGGCCCCAGCUCCAUCAACCUCCAAGCCUUCAACGCCGCUCCCGAGCCCCAGCAGAAACAGAUGCUCGGUGAAGCCAUCUACCCCAAGGUUCUCGCCCAACAGCCUGAGCUCGCCGGAAAGAUCACUGGUAUGCUCCUGGAAAUGGAUAACUCAGAGUUGAUUGGCCUAGUCGAUGAUGACGCUGCCCUCAGAGCCAAGGUCGACGAAGCUCUUACCGUCUAUGAUGAAUACGUCAAGAACAAGACCGAGGCUCCCUCCGGUGAAGCUGCUCAGCCAGAGGCUGGCAAGCCUGCGGAAGAGACCAAGUCUUAA